GAAUUGCGGUUUUACGUGCUUGCAACCGAACCCGACGGCGUAUUUCUUCCGUUCUUGCCAUUUUUUAUUCGCAAUUUCAUUUAGUCGGUAAUCCAAUCGCACAGUUUCUCGAAGAACUACUAAAAAUGAAAAUCUUUAUAGCGAAUAAUGUAUUAAAAUGUUACUGAAUCCUUUCUUUGCAUUUUAACCAUCUGAUUAAGCCUCAAAGCAUUUGCUUUGCAAAAAGCCUUUUUAAAUGUCAAAGCAAUUUGGCAAAUAAAUGAUCGGUUAGGGCUGAAAAAUCUUGGAUGGCAGUGAAUAUGAAUAUGAAUAUGAAUAUGAAUAAGAGUAUGGAUAUGAACUUGAAUACACAUUUGGCCACUUCGGAUGCGACUGCAUCGGAACUGCCUGGAAUGGACGACUAUGGAUGCCCUCACAUGAAUUGUACAGCAAUGGAGUUUGUUCAAUUCAUUCUUGGCCCACAGACCCUACCGCUGCAUAAGGCGUUAUUGAUAAGCAUAAUUUUUAGUGGCAUAUUCAUAACUGGCGUACUGGGAAAUGUAUUGGUCUGCAUGGUAAUAAUUCGGCAUUCGGCAAUGCACACGGCAACGAAUUAUUAUCUAUUUAGUUUGGCUGUCUCCGAUUUGCUAUACUUACUUUUAGGUUUGCCGGCUGAAGUAUUCCUUUACUGGCAUCAGUAUCCAUAUUUAUUUGGUCUACCAUUUUGCAAGUUGCGAGCAUUUGUGUCGGAAGCGUGCACAUAUGUAUCGGUAUUUACAAUUGUUGCCUUCUCGAUGGAGCGAUUUCUGGCCAUAUGCCAUCCCUUGCAUGUGUGUGCAAUGUCCGGCUUUCAGCGGGCACUCAGGAUCAUUACAGCCCUUUGGAUUGUAAGUUUCCUAAGUGCCAUACCAUUCGGUGUCAAGACUGAAAUUCAAUAUUUGAAUUUUCCAAUCGAUGGAUCUCGGAUACCGGAGUCUGCAUUUUGUUCAAUCGAAUUGGAGUUUCCCGAAAAAUUCCCUUUGUUCGAAGUCUCUUUUUGCAUAUUUUUCAUUAUUCCCAUGAUACUCAUUAUAUUGUUAUAUGGUCGCAUGGGCGCUCAAAUCCGAUCCAGAGCCACCGACAAAUUGGGAGUUCAGCAGGGUUCAAGGAAUCGCGAAUCGCGCAGUUCACAGAAGAAAAAGAGGGCUGUUAUACGAAUGUUAGCCGCCGUGGUUAUCACAUUUUUCGUAUGCUGGUUUCCAUUUCACCUGCAAAGAUUGUGGUUUCUGUACGCCAAAAACAUUGCCAAUUAUCAAGAUGUAAAUGAAUGGCUUUUCUCCAUAGCGGGAUUCGCGUACUAUGUUUCAUGCACAAUUAAUCCGAUCGUGUACAAUGUCAUGUCACAGCGCUACCGCAGUGCGUUUAAGGAGAUACUCUGUGGCAAAAAGGUUGGGGCCUAUUACAAUAGCGGAUUUGCCAGAGAUCAGUCGAGUUUUAUAAGAGAUGAAUCCAGUUUUCGAAGGGCCAGUAGCGCUACCCCCAAUCUGCGUGGUAGCACUCGCUUUAGCCGUGUGUCUGCUAAUGGAAUGCCGGACUGCUCUUUGCUAAACACAACAAAAAUUGUUAUUGUUCUUGGCAACAGCUCGCCGCAAAGAGACAUGGACAGAAACAUACCAGAAGAAACUGAUACCAAAAAGGAGGAAACGUGAAUUUAUGUCCACUCAAUGUAUUUAUGUUUUUCAAAUAAUGUUACAUCUAAUUAACUCUAAUUACUCAAAACAUAUACAAUUACAAGCGAGCUAGUGAAUGUCCAAAAUUCCAUUUGCAUAUUUAUUAUCAGGAGCUCAGCUUUAGCUAAGGGGUAAACCUUUAAUAUAUCAUCUCAGCAAGUCACGUCCAAAAUUUCUUAUCAGUGGGUAUAUUUAUUUCUUGAGUAUAAC